AUGCCAAUUAUCCAUUUGUUUCUCUCAUUUUACAAUGCCUUCUCUUUUUUUCCCCAAAGGUGCCUAUGCCACAUGGAACCACAGAAUGUAACAUCUAUCUCUGAAUUCCUUCUCCUGGGCCUCUCAGAUGAUCCCGAUUUGCAAACUCCCCUCUUUGGAAUCUUCUUAUCCAUGUAUUUGGUCAUCAUACUUGGUAACCUGCUCAUUAUCCUGGUCGUAAUCUCUGACAGCCAACUGCACAUCCCCAUGUACUUUUUCCUCUCCAAUCUGUCCUUGACUGACAUUGGCUUUACUUCCUCCACAGUCCCAAAGAUACUUACUGAUCUUCACACACACCUCAGAAGCAUCCCUUAUACCGCCUGUCUAAUUCAGUUAUCUUUGUUAUAUUUUUUUGGGUGUAUGGACAGUCUUCUACUCACUGCAAUGGCCUAUGACAGGUUGGUUGCCAUUUGCCAUCCCUUGCAUUACACGGUUAUUAUGAAUCCCCGACUCUGUAGGCUGCUACUUUUGUCAUCUUGUUUUAUUAGCCUUUUAGUAUCCCAGUUGCACUGCUUAAUGGUAUCACAACUUACAUUCUGCACAUAUGUGGAAAUACCUAACUUCUUCUGUGACCCUUCACUACUCAUCAACCUUUCCUGUUCUGACACUUCUACCAGUACCAUGUUGAUGUAUUGUAUUAGUGCCAUCUUUGGUGGUGGUCCAGUCUCAGGGAUCCUUUUCUCUUAUACACGAAUUGUUUCCUCCAUUCUGAAAGUCCCAUCAUCAGGUGGGAAGUAUAAAGCCUUUUCUACCUGUGGCUCUCAUCUGUCAGUCGUUUGUUUAUUUUAUGGAUCAGGCCUUGGAGUGUACCUCAGUUCAGUUGUUUUACCUUCUCUUAAGAGGAGUGCAGUUGCCUCAGUGAUGUACACCAUUGUUGCCCCUAUGCUGAACCCCUUCAUCUACAGUUUGAGGAACAGGGACAUCAAGAGAGCACUGCAGAGGCUUCUUAGUAGAACAGUCUAUUUUUAA